AUGUCGUCCGAUCCUGCCGGUGGCGUUCGAAGUCUCGUACGGGUGGAUCCAUCGCAUGACCCGCAGAGCUACAAGAUCGACACCGCUCGGACCGAGCAGACCGAUUCCGAGAUAUUCUCUCGGGAAUUGCAUCAAAAAAGACCCAUGACCGGACGCUCGGGCACACUCGCCACUCCCGUCGAACAACAGAUCGAAGACGAAAGCUGGAUUGAUCUUAUCGGUCGCCACAAACGUCUUGCCGAUGCUCACCAUGAUUUCAUGACUAUUUGUCUUGAUCCGCUCAUCCCGGCGUCACUGCACAGUCUUCCAGUCAAAUACAACAUCCCUACACGAUUAUGGCAAUCUGGAUUUCACCUUUUGCUUGAGCGCCUGCGUUACACGUGGAUAGCGAAUGCGCCUACCGGAAAUGCCACUACUCCUUCGAAUGGUCUGGGCAGGGGUCCGGAGGCGCUGCAUCGAGACGCAAAGCUGUCCGCAAAAGCACUGGAUCAUCUUACCGACUUCAUCUACGACGCGUACUCAUUUUAUACCAACCUUCUCGAAGAACAAGUCCUCAGCAACUUCAAGACUGCAUGGCUCGAAGCGCUCGGUGACUUGGCACGCUAUCGAAUGGCGAUAGCAGCCCAUGUCGCCGCGGCGGAACGUGCAGAACGUGCCUCAUCAACAAAGACUAGGCCGUUCGACCCGUCCACUGCCAGGAUAGAUGAUGAUAAUGUUGACCGUGUUGACACGGGGGCUAGCAUCGGGGCCGAGGUAGCUGAGAAUUGGAAUGUGGAAGAAAGGGAAACGUGGAGAAUCACCGCUCGCGACUGGUAUGUGCAGGGCGUGACUGAGCGUCCAGGAGAAGGUCGUCUGCAUCAUCACCUCGGACUGCUGUGCCGGGAUAUUCCCGGCGAAGAGUUGAGGGCACUCUAUCACUUUGGCAAGAGUCUAACUGCAUCGCAUCCAUACUUGACAACAAGGGAAUCGAUAUUGCCAUUGUUCGACUUAACAAUUCAAAGAAAGCGUUCAGAUCCUCAUGCAAGCGCGACCGACUUGUUCGUCCUGAUGCACGGCAUGCUCUUUACGAGAAUCCAAAUGGACGAUUUCCCCACGAUGUUCGAGCGCUUCAUGGAGCGGUUGGAAGAAGAUGCGCAUCUGGACGAGGAUAAUACGUCGACGCGCAAACACAUCAAGGAGACAGAUUGGAUACUCAUGGCCAAUAUCAACAUCGCAGCUCUUAUGCAGUACGGGUCGGAUGAGAGUCUAUUGAAAAAGGCGCUCGCCGAAGAAUCCGCGUCGCGCAAGAUACAGAAAUUGCCUUCGGUCAUCCUGUCAACGGAAAACUCUGCACAUUCGCAAAACAAGGCUGAAGACGAUCCGAGCGCAAGCGAUCCUGUUUCGGCGCCUGAUGGUACAGGUCUUUGCGGCGAUCUUGGAGAGGCACGUCAGGACUCUAGGGGUUCUCUGCCUCCUCGCAAAGCCGAGCCGUCCGUGUUGGAUCGUCCUGCGAACUUUCAGUAUACGUGUGAACUCAGUUUCAGAAUGCUGGAGUUCUGCUUCAAGUAUCCCCUUCGACACUGGAGCUUUUUCGACAAGCUGAAUCCGUAUAUCACGUCAAUAUUGACCUUUCUCUGCACAAUCGUGCGGCAGUCUACGGGCUUGGCUACCUUGGAGCGUAGCGUGCCCUGGACCUCAUUGGUCUCGUUUCUGAAUAGUAUCCCUGAGCCUAUAGACAUUCAGGCGGAAUCUAGUCAAAAGUUAACUGGCGGAAUCCCUUUGCCUGAGGAUUGGUGUAUGCGGGGCAUGGAGUGGGUGGGUAGGCGGGUCUUCGAGCGAGGGUUCUGGAAGGCGCGAGCGAUUACUGCCGCAGGGGAAGUAACCGGUGGACCGCCACUUCAGUACACCCCAGUCGAAAUGAGCAACGAAAUGGACGUCCUGUUAUCUGAGCACGACCCCCUAGGCACCGAUGAGAUGGAGCACGCCCUAGAUGAAGUCGGACAAUCUACCGGGCACGACUAUCCCGGUUCCAUCACGCAUCGAAGAUGGAAACGGGUCGCUUGGACCGCAAAUUCGCUGGUGCGACACGUAUCUGGCCUAGACUUGAAUCAGCAGUCUGGUCAUGGCUACGUACUCGAGGGAUCGCUUGCGCAGAAGCUGUCUGGAUGGAAACAAGAGGAGCUUGAGCACGAGCAGGCGGAAUCUCGUCGACGUCGGCGGGACGAAGAAGCAAGAGGCGAAUGGCCCGAUGAUGUGGCGAUGGGCCCUGAUCUCGGGGAAGACGAGGACGAUACGAGCACUGACGACCCGCUCUUACUAGAGCUGAGGGAGAGACGGCGCAAGCUUCAAGCCCUUGUACAGGGUCACCAACGCUCGCCCAGUCGGCCUGACAGAGCUGUUAGCAAGCAACCCAUUAGCUUGCCUACCUCUGCAUCAGCAGUAUCGGGCUACACCGUGUUGGUUCUCGACACCAACGUGUUAUUGAGCUCGUUGGAACUCGUCGCCGCAUUGAUCGAAAGCGCAAGGUGGACAGUAGUCGUACCGCUACCAGUGAUAACGGAGCUUGAUGGUUUGACGAGACAACCUACAGCUCUCGGGCCCGCAGCCGCUGCCGCGGUUCGUUACUUGGAACAAAACGUCAAGAGUCACUCCAUCAGCCUGAAGAUACAGACCUCGAAAGGGAAUUAUCUUUCGAAUCUGCUCAUCCGGUCCGAGAUGAUUGAUGGCGGUACAACUCAUUCGCAAGAUGGACAAGCCACCCGAUUACCAACCAUGGAUGAUCACAUUCUCAAAGUCGCAGGCUUGCAGCUGGCGAAUUUCGUUGACAGAUCGCGGCUCCUCCACGGAAAUAUUUCGCCACCAUCGGACGAGGCCAAGAAGAAAGCUCUGAAAGUCAUGUUCCUCACGCUAGACCGCAACCUUCGCCUUCGGGCACGAGCCAGGGGCAUCGAGGCAGCCAGUGAGAAGGAUAUGGCAGAGGUGUUUGCCGGAGUGAGAUCAUAA